AUGGAUGUGAUCUCGACGGCGGCAGCGAUGCAGGACGUGAUGGAAAACGAGCGGCACUUGCUCACUGCCGCGAAUACAGAGGACACGACCGCGUUGGUGAGGUGGAUCACGCACGAUUUGUAUCUUCCUUCCGCCUCCCCGCCAGUGUCCCCGGCGCCGAAACAGCCUUCGUCUCUAUUAGACCCCUCGGAGGAGUGUGACAUGUCUCGUCCGAGGAUGAAUCCCAAGGUUGAGCCGAAGCUGGAUCAUCCCCAGAUCGACCCCGGGAUCCACCGGCCCGGGUUGACCGUACAGGGGCUCUUGUGCUAA